UGUCUUCAAUUAUUCCUCCCUCUUAGAGAUGUAGUCAAGAUGUUAUAUCCGGAGUGUUUAGAGCAGCAAAAGCCUUAAAAGUUUAUUUCUAAAAUUAGCAGUGCACUUGUGCCUGUUUGAUCGGGUGUUAGUGAGGAAGCUGUGCUAGAGUGACCACUAGCAGCUGUAGGCUCCAUUCCUCCUUGGCUCAGAGUGAGACAUCAGAGUGGAACGAAAAGAGCAGUCCAUCCAUUACCUAUCACUGACUGUGCCACUAAGUACAUGUCAUGUGGCAGGUCUUUGCACUUGGUGUGCCAGGCUCUCAUUUCCAAAGGGGAGGGGUAGAUUAGAGUAGACUGCGACUGCUAUUGCAGCUCCCUCUGGCUCUUGACUGUCUCUAAGUCUGGUUCUCCUUGGCACUGAGAGACUUCCCAUAAAGUCUCCUUUGACCUAAUGAUUUACAGCUUCUAGUAACCUGGAGCUGCACACAUAGACACGUAACAUGCAUGCUUGGAGCCUUUGACACUGAGGGGUGAGUUUAGAAUGUCCUUUAUUAAUUUCUAUGAGCAGGAGCCUAUCUCAGCACAGUGCUAGUGUGUGAGCAUGUGAGUUCAGAGGUGUGGUCUGAGAUGCAGAUGUUAGCCAGCCAUAGCACUGUGUGCUUAUUUAGGUAUUAUUUGUAUUCAUUUGUUUAACGUUUUACUUUGUGGAACUUCUCUUCUGCAGUUCACAGCAUUAACAAACGGAUACGGUUUUCAUCCUAAAAUGUUGUGUAAGCUACAGAGAGCUGUAAUGACCAAAAACUGAUAAUAAUACCAGCUUUUAAAUUUUUACUGUGACUUAAUGAGUAAUUCUUAAAGUAAAUUAAUUAGAAACCACUUUAUUCUAACAGGAAAUGUGAGAAUUGAGACUUUGGAUGAAAUAAGACCCACAAAACUUAGUUUAACCCUUUGGUUUCCAUUUUGUUGUUCUGACUUCAUAUUACAGUGAAUUCUAAACAUAGCAAAUUCUAAGCAAAGCCAUGUAUGUUAGAUCAUAUGUCUGUCCAGAGCUCAGCUUAGCCACUGUCUUAGCUUCUGUUUCCUUCUUUAUUGCCAAAUUUUGCCAUUAGCUUGGGCUUGGGUAUUUAAUAUGUACAUGGCCUGUGUUGCCCAAGCUAGCACCUGGCAGUAAUCCAAGCACUCAGGAGGCUGAGACAGAGCAGACCUUUGAGGUCUUGUUACAUUUGAGACCCUUGUAACAUAUUUAGCUGGGGUGUAAGGUAAUUGAAAAUCAACUUGAUAUCAUGUGAAUAUGUCUUAUAUAACCUUAAAACAUUUAAUGAGUCUCAAUUGCUUUAAGGUUGUAGAAACAGUUUUAUUCCCUGUAUUUAUAUUUAAAGACUUAGACCUUUAAUAACAAGCUUUAAUUAUAAAUACAAUCAUAUAUAACAAUUGAUUAAAUUAUUUAAUGAUCAUUUAUGGAAAUAAUGGACAGUUAAAGUUGGGUUUUUUUUAAAUAGUUUACUUUUUUCUAAAUUGUAUUUUAAUUGGUCCUGAACAUUUUCUUACAAAGAUGUUUUAAUUUUAAUGGGUAGCUUAAUCCUUUGAGCCAUUAAAUAUCUGUCACUAUGUCCUUUUUUUUCUUUUAAGUAGGUAUCUUAAAAUGAGUAUCUUAUUUACAAUUCUGUCCUUGGUUACAGGACCCUCAAGUGUCUCUUUUCUACCAGGUGUGGCUGAGCAUGGCCUCGAGUGCCAGUCUGUCCCCCAUCUCAGUACAGGAGCCACCCCCUCGAGACCCUGCACUAUGGUGACUGCCCUGGACUGAGCUCUUACAUUUUUUUGGAAGGAAAUUUAGCUUGAACUACCUAGGCAAAAGCAACUCUUAAAGAAGUCUUUGGCCUGGAUUUAGGACACGAGUAGUCAUCAUUUAUUGCUAUUGCAUAUGUGGUUAUUUGGUUUAUAAUCUAGAGAAAAUGUCGUGUUUUCCAGUAAGCUAAAUUGAAAACUGCUUCUUGGUGUCUCUUCUGCACAAUUCUUAUAACUCAUCUGCCUAGUCUGUGCACAGGCAUUUACACCUCCCAAACAGCAGGGCAGAGGUCUGCACGCCCUGCACGGUGCUGCUCACAUGGCCAGUGCAGUUUGCCCAAACACCAAAGCACUUAGAAUCUCUUAACACAUUUCCCAUUUCAGAAUGAAUGGGUCAUAAUUAUUCCUUCACUCUAAUCUAUCAUAUUUAGGAAAUUAAAAACUUUCCUUCUGUGACUAGGUUAAAAGCUGCCUCAUACUGCUAUUUUUAAAUUAAUGACUUGGCUUUUAAUUCCUACUCUGCUUUUUAUAUAUCUGCUACAUUAAAGUGGCCAAAGACUAAAGUUGUGCUUUUUUUGGUCAUCAAGUAGAGGAGGGUAAUUGCUCAGUGUCUGUGGCUAGGAUGGUUUGUUAUGUGACUGACUUGUUAAUGUAGGUUGCAACUGUAAGAUAACACAUUUCAGCAGCUGUGCAUCGUAUUAAAUUUUCUAGCACCACACGUGAGUAUGUUGAUGGACUUUUGUUUUCUUCUCUUAAUUUAAAUCUUGAGUUUUGGUGCCAAGUUAUCUUUCCACAUGAGCUUCUCCCUCUGGCUUCUGUGGUAGUUGUCAGUGCUUGCCCCCACUGACACCGAAGCCCAGAUACACACAUGACAUCUGUGUACUCAAAGGGACUGAGCUGUUUCAGCAUGCUGGGCUGUGGCCACUCUGAUUUGCCUGUGCUGGCUGCUGACUCUGCUCUGAGAGUCUGAGUAGAAGGGCGAGAGCCAGCAUGGCCAGCAGCUGUUUCCUCUGCUAGGAGAGUAGCUAGGAGAGUAGGUGGAGUCAGUGUGACUGCAAAAGAACAGAAAUUUGCUAUUCAUGAUGGAAGCCUUUUAGCAUUUUAGGUAACUUUACUUCCUUGAGGAGAAGGAUGUUUCCAAGUCCACCUAAUAUUAAAAUACUAUUUCCCCCGCUCUGGGUAGAACUAAGAUAUGCACACAUGCAUAUUGUGCUUUUUUCUGAUUCAGUCUCACAUGAUGUGGGAGGCAGGGCUGAUACCAGUCCUCCCCUCUUUAGAACAUGACUUCAUUAGAAGUUGUGUGUAUUAUUGUAGAUGGGGUGGGCAACCUUUAAAAAAUUUACUGUUAAGCCAACAGUGCUCUCUUUCCACUGCCCACUAGACCGCAGAAGCAGCAGCAAUGGGCGGAGAUGAGCAGGGUCUGUGGUUCAUCCUAAGGCGGUCCUUCACCUCCUAAGGAGAUGAGCUCAGUUGUCUCUUGACAGAAGUGGCUGUAGGCCACAGUUGCAGGCUACGGUGGAGCUGUUAGGCUCUUCUACUUAUGAAGCAGGGGUAUUUGCUUCGCCUGGACUCUGUCUAGAGGCCGGGCUAUCACCAGGACAAACACAUAUCAUGAACAUCUUUAUUUAAUGUGCUAUGUCAGAAGCUCACUUGUAACUUUUUUUCAGGACCAAACCAAGAUUUACUGUGUUAGCCAUUCACUUCUGAUGCUGAAGGUUAAUUCAUCUUGAUGUAUUUGUCCUUCAGAACAGUGAUCCCAUUAGAUGUCCCAGCAUUGUGACUGCAUGGGUCUGCUUUAGCACUCUCCACCCUCACAUGUUGCCCUUUUUCUGAUUGUCCCUACCACAGAUUCUCUGGUCUUGCUGCUGCUUUUCCCUCCGUCCAGGAACUGCAGGAUGGAGGCAGCUGUGUGGAUCUGCCUACAGGCAAAAGCAGUCAGUGUAUGACAGGGCCCUAGAGGUGACAGACAUAUCUUUAAAUUACUUUAUGAAUAACUGAAAUAAGUAGAAUUCACUUUCUUUAACUGUUGCUUUUUAUUUUUAAUUGAUGCUUUAAAAACCAACAAUUUCCAAAUACCAAUUUCCUCUCUGUUACAUCAUACUGGAACAUGCAAAAUAUCUUAAUGUGUGCAAGCAUAAUUGUGAUUCACUUGCAAUGCUAAACGUCCUCAGUAAUGUUGAACCUGAAAUGAAAACUUGGCACCAAAUUUAUUGAGGUAAAAACUUGUAAAAAAUAGUGUCUUCCCACUGUUGCCUGAAGAGUGCAUUGGUGAAAGUCUUCAUGGUGAUGUUUUAGAUACCAAAGGGUUAAGGAUGCACUUGUUUUUAUUUCUUUACUGCAAUAACAGAUGUUUGCUAAUGUUUUGUCUGUGCAAAUGGACAUUUAGUAAAUGUUUUUAUUUUAUCUUUUUUUAAUGACUCCAUUUAUUUGCUUAUUUCCAUCUAGGAAUAGUUACUAAUGUAUUUGCGAUACAGCAUACAAAUUUUAAAGUAACCAGAAUCGUGAGUUGGUUUUUAGUCCAUACUGUUAAACUUUUGUUGAAAUAGUGACAUAAAUUGGCUUCAUGCUAAAGUACCAGAGGUAACUCUUAAAGUCAGCACGAAACAGUCAGGGUGGCCACCCAGUGGCUUAGCUCUGUGGCUGCUCCUGCACCUCAUGUGUGUGUAUGUAUUUUUAAUCUAGUGUUGCCUGCAAAUGUGAUCCCUUAUGAUUGACGUUUCCUGUAUAUGAACCAUGCCCGUUUUAAGUCACGCAGAAGAUUCUGAAUCUGUAAAAACUACACAUGUCAAUGUUUUACAGCUACGUAAUUCGAAUUGACUUGGUUUUUUCAAGUAAUCCUAGAAAGGGGGAGCAUUCACAUAGAAACUGCUGAAACUGCCACAGGUGCUUCUCCGAAACCUUACGGUUGUGGCAUUGAAUGUUCAGUAUGGCUUCCCUUCUGCACACAAGCAUACUGUUGAGCCUGAGAAAUGCCAGUGGCCUGACAGCAGCAGACAUUGCACAAACCCAGGGUUUCCAAGAGUGCACCCAGUUUCUCUUGAGCCUCCAGAACCAUCAAAUGAGCCGUUUCUGUCCUAAUGGCACCUUGAGUGGAGGUCAUGAGAACAUACUUCCCAAUCACAUUAACCUGGGAACCAAUCGAAAGAGAUGCUUGGAAGACUCAGAGUCUUUGGGAGUGAAGAAAGCUAGAACCAGAGUUCCAAGCCUGGAUCACACCAUGCCUCUAGCAAAUGGUGAUGCUGAAGACGACGCUGACAGGAUGCACGUUGACAGAGAGUUUGCCGCUGUAUCAGAUAUGAAAAACAGUAGCUCCGUGUUGAAUACACUGACAAACGGAAGUGUCAUCAAUGGACAUUUGGACUUCCCCUGCGUGGCCCAGCUCAAUGGGAUGGAGAGCAGGAGUGACCCGUGCUUGACAGGAUCUAAUGGAAUUAGCAAUGGACAGCCAUUUCCCAGUGGCCAGGGCCCUGUCUGUGCUAAUGGGACUGAGGAGCCAGAAAAGACCAUGGGCGUUAACCCGGAGAUGUGUGGAUCUCUCCAUCUGAACGGGAGCCCAAGUAGCUGUGUGGCCAGCAGACCGUCUUGGGUGGGGGACAUAGGGGAGAGCCUGCACUACGGACACUACCAUGGGUUUGGGGAUACUGCAGAGAGCAUCCCUGAGCUGAGCAGUGUGCUGGAGCACUCAAGCUGUGUGCGGGUGGAACAGCGCUACGAUAGUGCCGUCUUGGGCGCUAUGCAGCUGCACCACGGCUCCUGAGCCCGGGGCUACCUCAGUUCCUCUGCAGUACCAGCCUGAGGAAAACUGCACAGCCUGUGCUAUAGGUGCCUCCGCUUUCUGAGAGCCCUUGGAUUCAUUCACAUGGUCCCCCCGAGUGCUGCUGUGUGCAGAGGCUUAGAGACAUUUCUCAUGGGGUGGCAGGUCUCCUGCAAGGUACCCUUGGGAGGCUUUUCUUGUUUGACACCAGCCCCCUUUUUUUUUCAUGUCAUGAGACAUUGCCACCUUUUUGUGAACUCUUUUUGAUCAGGACAAUUUGGGCAUCGUUUGACCCUUAUUGUUUGUUGUAGCAUCCUGAUUACACAGCUACAUCCGUGCAAGGAGCACCCUUACAGCAGUGUCGUGCAGACCCUGGGAAGGGGACUGUCCUUCGUGUCUUCACUGACACUGCUGCAGGUGCACUCAGUGGUUGGGGUGUGGUAGCCCCUUCCCUGUGUCAACCGCUGCCUGCGUUUCCUUAGGAACAACCUCUGCCCAGGAUGGAUUAGGGUCUGUUGUUUUUACUCCACAUUUAUACUUGAUCUCUAGACUUUUUACCACAAUGGUUUUCUUUAUAUACAGUGGAUGUUGCUGUUUGUAGGAGCUGUUGAGUCAGAAUACUUUACUAUGGUAAAAUAUUUACUAUUUUUUUGUUACUGUUUUUUGAGGUUUUCUGCUUAAAUAUAUAAAUAUAUAUAUCACUAUCCAGUUAAUGGAGAGAACUUGAGUUUCUCUUAUUAAAGCUGCAUUAAAUUCAUGGUUUUAUAGAAAUUAGCUUUUGUUUAGGCAACUAGUGGUUAUACUGCAGAUACCCAAUGACUUCUGAUUUUUGUAAUAAUUGAAUAACUGUCAGUGCAGAUAAAUGGAGAUGACAAAGCCAGUGUGUACUAUCAGGAGUGUACUAUCAUUUUGUUUUCAAGCUGUUCUUUACAAAUGGAAUAAAAAAGAAAGCUCACUGCUGA